AUGGAAGAAGAAGAGGAAGGACUUUAUAGUACACCAGAUAUCAAUGCUCCAAUCAAUCAAUUGAAACAAUAUUUCACAUUAGCCGAUGGUGAUCUGAGUCAUGUACAACAAAAGAUCAACUUGGACUUCUUUGAUCAGUAUGGUGCUGUGAUCAAUCCUAUCAAACUCACCAAUAGGAUCAGAGCAAUGCAGGAUGAGCUGGAUUGCAUGGUCAAGGACAUCGAAUGGAUACACAAACAGAAGAGGGAUUUCGUACAGUUUGCUGAUGUCCUUAUGGCAAACAGAUCAAUGAUACAGCAAUUACAACGAUCCAAUCCGACUGUUGGUAAUAGUGCAUCACUGGCAAACAACGAAUUGAUUGAAGACCAAAACAUGUUGUCCAAACUCAAUGGAUACAAGACACACUGGAGAUCACCAUACUAUCCAGAACUGAGUUCAAUGACAACAACAACAAUGAUCAACAAGAAUAAGGAACAUCAAGGACUUCAAUCAAAGUCCGAUUGUAAUAAUAAUAAUAAUAAUAAUCCAGAGUCAACAAAUGAACAAAAGUCCACAACAGAGAUUACACAGAAACAAACUGGAUACAUAUCGGAGAAGGAGUUCAACAGUGUUAGCGAAUCAAUUAGAGGAAGGUGCAAACUGGAAGAUUGCAAUAAGAUAUACGAGAAACUGGUGGCGUACUAUAAGGAACGGUCACAUGCCAGACAUAUCCUGACGAAGCAACAGAUGACUGCAAUGGGACUAAAGGUGGUCGGACUGUCAGGUGACCAAUGUCUACUGACUCUACGAUCCCUGAAGCUCAUUGAAAUGUCCAAGCAAGGUGUAAAGCUUGCCAAACAUAGCUAG